UGUUCGCAACGUGCAGUCGCGUGAAAAUCUCAGAGUGCUCUGGACCUAAGACACGGCCAGAGGUGAUCAAGAGCGUUCUCCGGAGGCGCGCUUUUCCUUCUAUAUUAAAAUACGGGACAUUAUAUUAAUCAUAUCAAUUUGACAUUAAUAGUUACCAUCAGAAAAAAAAGUGAUUUAAGUGAGGAGGUUGUUUUUUUAGUGAAAGAAGAGUCCUCCGGAUCGUAAAGGACUGUCAGUUAUAUCUUCGCGCGGUAAAGCUAUAUUAUGUGUAAUGUAUGAGGGUAUUAAGGGAUCCAAGCGUGGAUUCUCCUGUCGGUGGCCAAGAAGGAGUUACCACUCCUGCCUCACCAGACACACAGUUACAGGACUCCCCAGGUGAUUUUUAUGUGUCGUAGACUAUUUCCUCAUUAGUAGACGUUGUAGUUCAUAAACCAUCAUCACCCCCAUUCAAUACACGCGCUACCUGUUGAACAUUAAUUCCCUCCAUAUACGUGUUUUGAUACGUGUGUGGGCGAAAAAAAAACAUGCAUGUCCCCUAAAACUCCGUUUAAAUGAAAAGAAAUUCUCCCCAAAAACACUUAAAGUUUCCGUGGUCGUGUAUAACUUCCGUAAAUGAAAGGAUAAGUAAGAGAGAGACUUUCAAGGAGGUCCUGGUACGAUGACAUCCUUGCGAAAUGCGCUCUGGUUCGCCGCAGCAAAAGCACCGGCUGCAGUCCUCGUUUAGCCCGCGCCAAACUGAUACCAACAACAAUUCGCCAACUUACGGGUUCCUCAGAAAUAAGUGUACUGUGCUUGUACAAGGCGAAGUAUCCAGUGCCCCUUUGGUGGCGGCAAGUACGCAGCCAUCAGCGCCAAACAGCCCCCAGUCAAGUAUGCUUCUGCUUCAGACCCAAGCUCCCUUCGGUUCGAGCACUUUCGCAGACCUGCUAAGUGCCCCAUUUCCUGACGAUCCAAGCACCGUACUUCCUCCAGAAGAUCUUGACCCAUUUCCGGACGUAGCAUUGCAAUCGCAACCAUCAUCGCCGGCUCCGCUUCCAAGCUUCCAAGAAACUUAUUCCGUAAGAUACGCAACUCCUUUUAAAAUGGACGAAGAAUGUUUCAACGUUUCUUAUCAACAUCCAACUCACGUUGCUACUCCGCCGUCACACCAUUACGAGUAUCAACAACAUCAUUAUACAACUAGUCCUUAUUAUCCUCCCCCCCAGUGCAGUCCAAGCUUUGAGACUUUAAUGCAAGAUACUUACUCACUGCCUUCGUUCCAAUCUUCCCCGACUACAGAGCUUCAUAUAAGCACUUCGGUUACUCCGAGACAACGCCGAGCAUCUUUACCACUUCAACGAUCCGAAUCAACCAGCAGCAGUGAAAGUCCUAAGAUGAGAAUGACCGGUCCAACUCCUCCGGUUUGUUCCUCGGCGGCAUCUUCACCGGGUGCUUCUUCGGAACAACCGACACAACCGAAAGGACCAACACCUCCAAGUCCGUCCCAGCUUUGUGCCGUUUGCGGUGAUACUGCAGCUUGUCAACAUUACGGGGUACGCACGUGUGAAGGAUGUAAAGGUUUCUUUAAAAGAACAGUUCAAAAGGGAUCGAAAUACGUUUGCUUAGCUGAUAAAGCGUGCCCCGUCGAUAAACGGCGGCGAAAUCGAUGCCAGUUCUGUAGGUUUCAAAAGUGUUUAGCCGUCGGAAUGGUAAAAGAAGUCGUCCGAACGGAUUCGUUAAAGGGAAGGCGGGGACGACUACCGUCCAAACCAAAGUCUCCCCAAGAAUCUCCUCCGAGCCCGCCGGUUUCUCUAAUAACCGCUUUAGUUCGAGCCCACGUUGAUACUACGCCAGAUUUAGCUAAUUUAGAUUAUUCUCAAUACUGCGAGCCCAGUCCUAUAGAACCUAUGAUAUCCGAGGCUGAGAAAAUUCAACAGUUUUACACCUUAUUGACAACAUCAGUAGAUGUUAUUAGAAAUUUUGCCGAGAAGAUUCCCGGAUUUCAAGAUCUCUGUCCCGAGGAUAAAGAGCUUCUAUUUCAAUCUGCUUCCUUAGAACUAUUUGUGCUUCGAUUAGCUUAUCGCACCCAUCCCAAUGAUACUAAAUUAACUUUUUGCAAUGGGGUCGUGCUGGAUAAGCAGCAGUGUCAACGAUCCUUCGGCGAUUGGCUACACACCAUCAUGGAGUUUUGUAACAGCCUUCACUCCAUGGAGAUCGAUAUAUCAGCAUUUGCGUGUUUGUGCGCUCUGGAUCUUGUUACCGAUCGUCACGGUUUGAAAGAACCAUCAAGGGUGGAACAACUUCAAAUGAAAAUAAUUUCGUCGCUGAAAGAUCACGUUACGUAUAACGCAGAGGCGCAAAGAAAGCAGCACUACUUCAGUCGUCUUUUGGGAAAACUGCCAGAACUACGCUCGUUGAGUAUUCAGGGACUUCAGCGAAUAUUUUAUUUGAAAUUAGAAGAUCUCGUCCCGGCGCCGCCGCUUAUUGAGCGAAUGUUUGCGGCUACUUUGCCUUUUUAAUUUUUAUUAUUAUUAUUUUCUAAUCUACUAAAGUACGUUUAGGCCCUUUUCUCGAAAACCGUGAUAAAUACUAAAUAAAAAAAGUUCUACGUACGUAUUGUGAUUUGUUACUAUUUAGAUUCGAUCUUAGGCGUUUCUCUUUACUUCUUAUUUAUGAUAAAAUUUUGUAAUAAUUGCAAUAUUUCUAGUAAAAUUAAAAUUAUUUUCACUUAAUUGUCACUUAAUUACGACGCACAGAUCUUUUAAAUAUAUCCUUUUGAAUUGUGCUUGAAAGCGCAGUUAAUAAGAUAAGUUUUAGGAUUUAUUUAGGGUUUAAAAUGUGAGAUUUCAAGAAUUACUGCUAAAACGUUAGAUGAACUAUUUUUAAUUCGUAGGUUUUUAGCGCACUCUUUUUAAAGUGGGCAUUACAAAUCACUAUUUAUUAAAGUUACCGAAACAAGCUAUAUAUACUUAAAAAGGCCCUUUUUGCGAGGCUACUCCCGUUAAAAUGUUACCAAGAAACUAAAUAACACCCCUCAGAUAUGCGAUAAUUAAUGUUAUAUUCAUAUCUGCACAGAGAUUGUUUAAUUGAAAGGACUUGCUGGAUGUAAGGAUGAUUUAAACAUUUUUUACUAAACUCUAAAGUUACCACGUUUAAAGACCAACAAAUUUAUUUGUUUAUUAUCUACUAUGUAAAUAUUACUAUUAUUUUCUUUUUGUACUUGUAAGGUUUACUAAUUCGAUUAAAUCUAAAUAAAAAUUAAUAAAAUUAAAAACAAAAUUCGAUGUAGAGUAAAAAGAAAACGUUAAUGUUACCACUACACCUUAAACGGUGCAGAUAAUGAGAAUCUUAUGCGAUAAAUACUAGUCACGGAAAUUUGUAUAAAAGAUGAAAAAUAAACUAUACAUUUAUUUACAAACUUAAAAGAGAUGUCUAUAUAUACAUAUA